ACUGCGGUUCCGGGGUGAGGCCAUUGGGAAGAGACGGAACCGGGUUUCUGAGCGGCGGCCGUGGCGGCGGCGGCAAUGGCGAUUUUUAGUGUGUAUGUGGUGAACAAAGCUGGUGGCCUGAUUUACCAGUUGGACAGCUACGCGCCGAGGUCUGAGGCUGAGAAGACUUUCAGUUAUCCGUUGGAUCUGCUGUUGAAGUUACACGACGAGCGUGUGCUGGUUGCUUUCGGCCAGCGGGACGGCAUCCGGGUGGGCCAUGCAGUGCUGGCCAUCAAUGGCGUGGACGUGAACGGGAGAUAUACGGCGGACGGGAAAGAGGUGCUGGAGUAUCUCGGUAAUCCUGGUAAUUAUCCGGUGUCCAUUCGAUUUGGCCGGCCCCGCCUCACCUCCAAUGAGAAGCUCAUGCUGGCCUCCAUGUUCCACUCGCUCUUUGCCAUCGGCUCCCAGCUGUCUCCUGAACAGGGAAGCUCAGGCAUUGAGAUGCUAGAGACAGACACAUUCAAAUUGCACUGCUUCCAGACACUGACAGGGAUCAAGUUUGUGGUGCUGGCAGAUCCUAGGCAAGCUGGAAUAGAUUCUCUUCUCCGAAAGAUUUAUGAGAUUUACUCAGACUUUGCCCUCAAGAAUCCAUUCUACUCCCUGGAAAUGCCCAUUAGGUGUGAGCUAUUUGACCAGAAUCUGAAACUAGCAUUGGAGGUGGCAGAGAAGGCUGGGACUUUUGGACCUGGGUCAUAGGCUGAACCUGCAGUGGACCCUCAAAUUCUGAGAGAUCCUGCAACAGGGGUCCUGCUGUUUCCACUCCGUUGGAGAGCCCAGCAGCCUUGUUAGUGCACUUGAAACUGGGAGAAUGCUGAGCCUGAUGACAUGUACUGAUCCUUGAGCCUUAAUACCGUGCUCUCUUUCCUUCUGUAUAUAUCAUGGUCCUACUUCCCAACUGUAUAGAUAUAUUUAUGAAGUAUGUAGGCCCAUACAUACUGUAAUAAACAUUUUUUUGGUCUCAG